AUGAGUUCUACCUUAGACUCUCCCGUUCUAACUCCAUCUACUCCGUCUGAUCCACUCCCUCUACGCAGCUGCGCGUUUUGCCGCCAGCGGAAAGUGAAAUGUGAUCGCCAGAAGCCCUGUUCUAACUGCCUCCGCGCCAAUAACGAAUGUUCAUACCCCGCUGGUCGUGGUAGAGCUGCCAAAAGACUAACUCAAACGCUGGAUACCCGUCUUGUCGAUCGGCUCCAAAAAUUGGAAAACAUCAUCAAGCAACUUACUAGUCAGGUCGAUGCCACAGCCAAUACUCUUCCAUCUGGCAGUGGUACCGAUAGAGAAGAAAUUGGAUCGUCUCCAGGUGGCGUAAGAAAUUAUCCUUCGGGACUGGAUAACGCUGCUCCAGAUGCUUCCAUCGACCAGCAACUUGGUCGUCUGAUGAUAGAUGAUAGCAAGAGCUAUUACGUCAGUAACAUUUUAUGGGCCAACUUAGGAAACGAGAUCGAAGAAUUGUGCGACAUGCUACACGACCCCCUGUCUGAAGACGACAUCAACAACCCUAUUGAUGCAUCUGGGCUCAUGCCGGAAGCGGCCUCGCCUCUCGGAACAAGCGCUUCAGUUCUGGGAUUUCGGUCCCUCUGCAAUUCUCUUCUUCCCUAUCAUCCACCUAUGCACCUAUCAGUCACUCUCUUGAAUGACUUCAUCGAGAAUGUCCUUCCACUGGUGCAUAUUUUCCAUAUGCCCACCACAGAACAGUGGUUUUGGGACUCCAUUGUCUCACUCGACACACUCGAUAGAAACGCAGAAGCCUUACUGUUUGCCAUCUACUACUCGUCAGUCAUCAGCAUGGAUGACGACCAGUGCUUAAGCGUCCUCGGGGAGUCACGUUCUACCGCGCUUAAUAAGUUCCGCUUUGUAGUCGAGCAAGCUAUGGCCCGCGCAAACUUGCUGAACACGCAGAGCCUCAUUCUUCUUCAGGCCGCUGUCCUGUUCCUCUCAGGCCUACGAAACGAGGAUGAUUCUAGAACAACAUGGUCUUUGACGUCGCUGGUUUUUCACAUCGCCCAAGCCAUGGGUCUACAUCGUGACGGAACAACCUUUGGUCUUAAGCCAUUUGAUAUAGAACUAAGGCGACGUCUCUGGUGGCAUAUAUGUCUACUAGACAUGCGCUCCUCUGAGUUUCAUGGAUACGAACCUAUAGUACGAGGUGACAUGUUUGACACAAAGCUUCCCCUCAAUAUCAACGAUAGCGAUAUCACCCCCCAUAUGACAGAAAGCCCUAUGGAGCGUGAAGGACAUACUCAGAUGACGUUCUGUCUGAUUCGUUGCGAGGUGAUGAGAGCUGGUUGGAAGGUUGGAUAUGCAUCACCAACUCCAAACUCGACAGCCACUGCAGCACGAGAUGAUGGUCAGCCAAUUGUUCAAGAACUCAAGAGCCGAUUGGAGGAACGAUACCUACGUUACUGUGACGAAUCGGUUCCAUUUAUGCUGUUUACAUCGACAGUCGCACGGCUCAUGAUCGCCCGCACGUGGCUCGUUGUUCACUUUCCAAGCAAGAAAAAGAAAGCCUACGCCUCAACGAUUAUUCGAGACCACCUAUUUUCCACCUCGAUUGAAGUUCUUGAACUUUCCAGUUCUAUCUUGACAAACAGCAGUAUCUCAAAGUGGACGUGGCACUCUAAAACGCAUAUCCAGUGGCACGCAGUGAUAUUCGUUCUCUCUGAGAUUUGCUCUCGUCCAGCUUCGACGGAAUGCGAUCGAGCAUGGGAAUUUAUCAACACGGUUCAUAACCGAUGGAACAUGAACGAAAGCGGUAAGAGGGGCACUCUUUGGAGGCCGAUUCAGAGACUCAUGGUCAAGGCUCGUUAUGUACGGGAGAUGCAACAGCUGGAUCCGGGUUUCUAUCUUGCUGGAAGAAUGGCUACACCAGACACGACACCCGUGCAGGCUGGAAGUGCCGAAUUGCGGCAGGAAACCCCAGAUGUAUACGGUAUGCCUGACAUGGCGAGUCCGAGUGGGUAUAUGGAUUGGAUGCUUGGAGGCCUCGCCAUAGACCUAUACGGUGGAAUGGUGAACGGACCUAGCUGGGGCUAG